GCCCAUCCACCGCCCAUAUGCACGCUGUCUUUUGCCAUCCAAACCAAAACCAAUAACACAAAAGACCAUCACCCAUCUCCUCCUCCCUUCUUUUGACCUACCCUUACCCUAACCCAGUUCUAAAACUCCCCAUCCCCCCUAAACUCCUCCAACAAUUCCAGCCACCAAAGAACAACGACACCACCAACAAGGAAGAGCAAAGGAGAAAUGGAAAGGUGGCGGCGAGAUUCUGCUGGGAAUUCUGUUGCUUUGUCGAGCAGCGGUCGAGCUUGUUGUAGUGCUUGAUUGCUAAAAGGCAAAGAAAAAGAGAAGGGAAGACAGCCGUCAUCCGGUUUAGCCUUUCCCUUCUCUCUUAAUCAAUCGAAUUCCCCCACCACUGGUCACUUAUCCCCUCCACCUUCUUCUUCUUGGCCUCUUUCUUUAGUCCUUCUUGCUUCUACUGCACUGUUCCAUUUCGUAGGUGUGUAGCCCACUUGUGUUUUAUAAGAAAAUCGAGGAAGAGGGGAAAAAAAUAAAGGGAAGAAGAAGGAUAUAAGGAAGAAUGGAUCCGGUAGCAGCUUCUUCACACGGUCACCACCUACCUCCCCCUUUCCACACCCGAGAUUUCCACCAUCUCCAUCACCAGCAGCACCUCCCCCACCUCCAGCCGCCGUCGCUGCAGCAGCAGCAGCAGAAGGCCGAAGAGGAGCACAGCGGCUUCAACCGAGGCAAGAAACGGGAGCUCGAAGAUAACAGCAACGAUAACAUCAACAACAACACUGGAGCCAAGGGUGGCGAUGUGAAGGAUCUGGUGCCUGCACCGCAGACGGGCAGUAGUGGAGAAGGGGAGAUCACACGGCGGCCACGCGGCCGGCCUGCCGGGUCGAAGAACAAGCCGAAGCCACCGAUCAUCAUCACGAGGGACAGUGCCAACGCUCUGCGGUCGCAUGUGAUGGAGAUCGCCAGCGGGUGCGAUAUCGCCGACAGCGUCGCCACCUUCGCUCGCCACCGCCAGCGCGGCGUCUGCAUCCUGGGCGGCAGCGGCACCGUCACCAAUGUCACCCUCCGCCAACCCGCCACCCCCGGAUCCGUCGUGGCGCUCCACGGCCGGUUCGAGAUCCUCUCCCUCUCCGGUUCGUUUCUGCCCCCACCCGCCCCCCCGGCCGCGACCGGCCUCACCAUCUACUUGGCCGGCGGGCAGGGGCAGGUUGUGGGAGGGAGCGUGGUCGGGGCGCUGAUCGCUUCGGGCCCCGUGGUUAUAAUGGCGGCGUCGUUCGGGAACGCAGUCUACGAGAGGCUUCCCCUCGACGAGGAGGAGCCUCUACCAGUCCCGGGGCCUCUCGGGUCCCCGGGAUUGGUUGGCCAAUCACCACCACAGCAGCAGCAGCAGCAGCAGCAGCUCCUCCCGGACCCCAACGCACCUCUUUUCCAUGGCCUGCCGCCGAAUCUAGUACUCAAUAAUGUCCAGUUGCCGGCCGACCCAUACGGUUGGGCCGCCGGAGGAGGCCGUCCGCUGUAUUGAUUCUACUGAGCUACUCUUGCUUGCUACUCUACAAAGUUGAACUGUGGAUGGAAGCCUUGAAAGAAAUCAAGAUGAUGAUGAGGCCCGUUCUGGGUGAAGAGAAUUAAGGCUUUCUUCUCUCUUCUUCUUUCUCGUUUUUAUUAUAUUUAGAUGCUUUCUUUUUCUUUUGCUUUUUCUCUCUUUCGUUGAUGAUAGGGUGACUCAUCUUUGUGCUGCUUCAAGAUGCUUGUACAAAUUUAUGAAUUAUUGAUGGUUUCACUUUGAUGGAAAAACUUAAAAGGAGUGUUCGCAACACAACGAGCUAGGUGUAGAGGAAGAAGAGAAUGGAAG